UGACAGGACUAGCGGAGGGCGUACCGGGGGAUGGGGGGUGGUUGAGGUUGCCAUCUCGGGGCAAUGGGAUCCCGUGCUGGCCCCUACGGCGUAUAUCUCCUUCUGCCCGCUUCUGUUGGCUUUUGUUGAGGUCGGGUGGAACCGAGCGCUCUUACUACUUAGUCAAGUCACUCUGCUGAUGCUGCGGCGGCUUAUGAGAUGUCAUCAAACACGCGCAAUCCCUUGACUGUGGCGUGUUGACCGAUGCGGCAUCGCGAUGGUAUGUCUUCUGCAGGGAUGGCCUGCAUCCUGCCUGGAGGGGGUGGCCAAUGACGUCGCCCAAUCCGGGUGGACACCUGAGGCUGCUCGGCUGCUAGUCUGUCAGGCUGUCAGGCCGCAAGGCAGGCAGGCAGGAUCCAGGCACCGACCCCACGUCGGAUCUGAAGAUCCACUCUCAUCAGGGGGUUCCCGAUAUCAGAUUCGACUAAAAGCACCACUGUCCAGGCAGUCCGAGGGUCAGGCAGUUGCAAUGAUAUGUUCCUGUUCCCUCCCUGGUAUUUCUACGUCAAGUUCUCGUUCGUCAGCAUGGACCAAUGACGUACGUAGUGCGUGGUACUACUUCAGUUACCGUAUCGCUGUUGGUUCCCUACAAAAUAUAUCUUCAACACCCAAUCACCUGCAUAUACAAUUUAAACCAAGCACAUAUAUACUUAUCUACCGCAACGAAGAGAAAUCUACUUGGCUUUGGACAAUCCAAUGAAGGACCUUAUCCUCAGACCCUCAAGUAAGCCCCCAGGAUCCGGACGGUUACGCCAACUAUGCUACAAU